AUGGACGUGGUAGAGGAGGUGUAUGAUGGUGGUUGUGCAGAUACAACAAAAAAGAGCGCUGGAAAUGGUGGAAAGAAGAAGGGUGAAGCUCAAUUUAGGAUCAUUCAUUUGGUGAACACUUCCCAUGUUUCAGUUCAUCGAGGUAGGGAAAUGAGGUGGUGGUCAGUGGCGGCGGUCAAGAGGGGUUUCCGGUGGUGCUUCAUUUUUCCGGUGGUGGUUCAGAAUUCUGACGAUGCUGGUGGUUAACGAAGUUAGUGUGCAAAUUUAAACAGAAAUUUUAAAAUACGUCCAAAAAUUUUAAUUAAAAUACUUUUUAAUAAUUAAAAGGGUAUAAUCAUUAAAAAUAAAUGAAAAAUAAAAUUGAAAAGGGUAUUAUAGUCAUUGCAUGUCUCGCAAAGGAUUAAGCGUGUAAAUUUAAACUAACGAGG